CUAGUUGACAGAGCGAUAGGGAGGAGUUCGCUCUCUCACUCGCUCGCCUGCUUCUGUCUGUGGCACGGAAGCCCAGUCUGGUGGAUAAUCCGGCGAACCGCACAGAAUUCCGUGCCUGCCGCCAUCACGGCUCGGCUCUAUUGCCUAUCUAAACGGAUGCUUUAGCCUGGGUGCUAAGUGCCAUCUCGUACCCUAAUGGCAACCUUACAGACUGUAUCUAUUGCCACGUGGCGGCAGGAAGACAUUUCUAUGUCACCCAUCUCCGUUCGCGUUACCGCGGGGUCGUCGAUUCAGCCGCCCCCCCCAGCCGGCCGUGCAGCAGGAUUAAAACUGACAAGCCGCCUCCGCAAUGGUCGCGGUUUCGUCACAAUCGCAGGACUACGUCGCCCUGGAUAUAUUAUUAGGUCUCCACGAAGAAAUCAACAAGCAUUUGCAGGGCAUUUGUCCCCACGCUUUUCCCGUCACUCACCGAAGCUCCUUCGGCGAGCCGCCAGCCUCAGCCUAAGCGAUGGGAAGAAAUCGCGAUCGUUGGCGAUCCGCGCGACGGCCGGUGGACCGUCGGAUUUCAGCGGUUCCGAUGUGAGCAAGAAAGACCAGUCGGAAAGCCGUUUUCACCCGCCGGAGAUCGCUACUAACAGGAGGCGCCAGAACGGAUCGAACGUUCCGGAAAUAGCGGGCAUUGCCGGUGCCGCUGGAGAUCAUAGCGGGAUCCUGCCAGUCAAUCGGCGCGGGGAUAGGUGGCAGGGGGCGGAGGGGGUGGGGUAUGUGCACGAGGUGGUGUUCGCGGAGGGCGACAGCAGCGCCAUGGUUGCGCAAUUCCAGCUGGUUUCCGCCAUCCGCGCGCUCCCCCCGAUCGUUCCGCCGCUUUCACGCGCUGCAGGGGGAAGCGGAGGCGGAGUGGCGGAGAAUCCGCGGGACGAGAGGUGCGCGGGGGCGUACCCGCGGAUGCUCCGCGCGGUUACCGCCAGUGAGGGGGUGGGGGAGGGGGAUUCGGUGGCGCAGAGCCAUCAGGAGAGUCUUCACAUGGAGGCGGAGUGGCCAAUCGUGUGGUGCCAGGUGGCAAAGGACGUGCUCAUAGGCUCGCCGCUCGUGUCGGCUGCUGACGUGGAUGUCGUUGCGUCCAGGGCGGGCGUGACAGCUGUCGUCUCGUUACUGCCGUCGGAGCACGAGUCAUCCCUGGCCGUUGAUUGGUCCGCCGUGGCCCGCCAGCUGGCGCGAGAGGGGGGAGUGGCGCUCAAGCUGGCGGUGGGGGAAGACGCGGGGAGGGCGGAAGAGGCGGGAGGGGAGGGGAGAAGGGGAUCACUGGGGGGAACACUGGGGGAGGGGGAAGCGGGGGAGUCGGACUUGGAAGGUUCUUUUGGGGAGGAGGAUGGGGAGGGGGAGGAGGGGGAGGACGUGGUAUCGCAGGUGCUGGAAGCGGUGCGAGUGGUGGCAUCGCUGGUGGCGACGGGGCACAGGGUCCUGGUGGUCAGCUGCUCCCCCCACACCGCCAGUGCGCUUGUCGCGCUUGGCUACACGACCUUCGUGAGGGGCGAGGAUGUGAGCACUGCGCUGGCCGCCAUGCGCCAAGCAUGCCCUGCUGCCGACCCCCCCAUGCGGGUCUGGAAGAAGGCGCAUGCGCAGCUUGCCGGCAGCAACAUGAGGCGGCUCACCGACCUAGCAGCGGAGGAGCUUCAAAGGAGGAUAGCGCAGGGCGUGCCCGGGUCCAGCGUCAAUGACUGGAAGGUGGCAGAGCGCAAGCUGGUGGCGGAAGGAUUCCAGCGCAUGGUGGCUGCUGACGUGGCACUCUCUGAUGCCAUCUCCAAGGCGGCCAUUCGCAGGGCGGCAAGGGCAGCGGAGAAGCAAAUGGACGACGUUGAGCUAACCUCGUCUGACCGCAUUGCUCUGCUCAAGGCUCACAUCUCUCGCCUCGAAGAGAAGCAGCAAGCUGCCGACCAGGCCGCCCGGGCGGCGGAGGAUCGGAUCUCCUUUUUCCUGGGCCAGCUCAGCGCGCUACAGGACAAACACGCCGCGGCGGAGAAAGAGGCGGCUGCUGCCACCCAGCUGGCAAGUCAACUCGCCGGCCAACUGCAGUCUUUGCAAGCACGGAAAGGUUCCUCCACACCUUCCUCUGCAGUUGCCUCUUCUAUCUCAACCCAGGCCUCAGCUCUAGGUUCGGCAGCCGCCGAGGCUGACCGGGUGGCAGCUCUGGAAGCGGAGGUUCGGCAGCGGCGCGAGCGGGAGCAGGAGCUCCGGGCGGCGCAGCAGCAGGCCGAGCACCGGGCGGCGUCGGCUCGGCAGCUUCUGUUCACCCUGGAAAAAGACCUGGCGAGGGUGACUGAGGGGGAAGCAGCAGCCAAGGAAGCAGCAGCAGAGGCGAAGGAGAGGGUAGGGUUCCUGUCGGGUGUGGUUCGGGAGCUGGAGGGGCGAGAGAGGGACGCGAGGAGGGAAGCGGAGCGGGUGAAUGAGGCCCUUGAAGUGGUGGCAGCGCGGGAGAGAGCAGCACAGACACGAGUGCAGGAGCUCUCGCUGCAGGUGGAGCAGUUAGAAAAGGAUCUCUCGGCUGCUCAAGAAGCCUCUAGAAUCGCGCACGGGCGUUGCGACUUCUUUGCGCGGUUGGUGGAUGUGCUGCGGGAGAGGGAGCAGGCGGCGAAUGAGGUGGCGGCGCGGGCCAAUGCAGCGCUGACAGGUGUCGCGAGGGAGUUGGAGGAGGUGAAGGCGAGGGAGAGGCGGGAGAGGGAGGCGUGGAAGGGGGCGGUGGCGAGGGCAGAAGCGGUAAUCGCUGAGCUGGGGGCGACCAAGAGGAUGCAGAGGGAUGCUAGGGAGAGGCGGGAAGCUGCCGAGAAGCUUCUUGUGAAGCUGGAAUCGGAGGGAUCCGUGCGGGGGGGUGAAGGUUCCAAGCAGCUUCUGGUCCAGGCCCGAGCGGCGCUGGCUGAUGCGGUGGAGAAUGAGGCGAGCCUUGCCGGGCUUGUUGUGGCGCUAGCGGACAAGUUGACCGGGGCGGCUGCUGCCCGCACGGCCCAGCGGGAGCGGUUGGCGUUUCUGGAGCGGCAGGUGGCGGAGGGGCGGGAGAGGGAGCGGGCGGCGGAAGAGGCGGUGGAGGCAGCGAGGGGCGGGCAGGAGGAGCUUCGGAAACAGGUGGAGGAGGUGGCUCGGAAAGAGGCCGAGGCUCGGGAGGAGGUUCGGGUGCUGUCAAGCAAAGUGGAGAGCCUCUCAGCUCAGUCCACAGUAGCAGAGGAGGUGGAGGGGUCUCUCGCCAUUCUCCGCGCGCAGGUGGACUUCCUCCAAUCAGAGCUCGCCAGCGCAACACAGGAGGCCACGUCAGCAACCCAGCGAUCCACCUCACUCCUCCACCAGCUCAACCUGCUGCGAGCUGGCGGCAGCAGUGGUAGCAGUGUGGGACAGGUGGCGGGUUCUGAUUCGUUGGAUGAGGUAGCACCAGGGGUUACUGGGGAUGCGAUAGGGAGGCUGGAAGAAGAACUUUCAGCUGCCCGUUCUGCAGCGGAAUUGGCCAAUCAGAGAGUUUUUUCACUGCAAGGGCAGGUGAAGGAGUUGCAAAAGAAGGAGGGCGUGGCGCAGGCUCUGCUUGGCCGGGCAGAAGAAAAGAUGUCAGCGCUGUUCGGGCAGCUUGCGGCUGCCCGGGACAAGGAUACAACAAGCCUGCGUGCGCUCGCCAAGGCUAGGUCGGAGGUUCGGCAGAUGGCUUGGAAGGUGGCUCGGCUGGAGGAGCAACUCCAGGCUCGGGGAAGUGCUGGCACUGCUAGUGGUGCUGGUGGUGUUGCUGGUGCUGGCGUAUUGGGUAGGGGAGAGGGGUGGGGCCUGGCCGGGUUGCUUGACGGCUUGAGUGCUGGCACCCUCAGGCUGCUUGGGAUGGCAGGAAUGGGCGGCAUGGGUGGCACCGUAGGGGCGGCGGGCGCGGAUGGCGGGCAGAAGGAGCCGAGUGCUGCCAGGCUGGCAGCUGAGCUGUCACGGGGGGCUGCUGCUCUGCAGUCCAGGGUGAAGCAGCAUGUGACCCGACUGGGCAAGAACGCAGCAGCAGUGGAUGCAGCCGCACUGUCAUCCGCACCAGAUCAGCCCAUAGUGGAGCAGCUCUCAGAGGAGGAGGAGGAGAUCCUAGCAUCAGCGUCUUGCCUGCGGGAGGCUGUGGUGGCACUAGAUGCCAAGCGGCGUGAGUCAGGAGCGGCGCCUCUUGCCGCCCGCAUUCCCUCGGCCUCACGAGCAAGAGUACCGCCAGCCGCAGAACCCGCAGCCUCAGUCGCUCAAGUCUCAGGAGCUCCUGCAUUCGCAGCAGCAGCAUCAACAACGGUCGCAGCAGCAGCAGAAGAUGCGCUGUCUGCGUCUCCACGAGCGAAUGGAGCAUCAGCAGCAUCACCCUCGCCGGCAUUCCUAGGAGCGGAAUCUGUUGUUGGGACCACAGGGACCGAAUCAGUAGCCUCACCAUCGGAGGUAGUGGAUCAGCAGACGCGGCGAGCAGAGGAGAGGCGGGCAGGAGAGGCAGCGGACGGGAAAGGGGGAGAUGGCAAGGAGGGAGAGGUGGUGAAAGCUGCCUCACAAUCUGGUGGGAGGGAGAGCAAGGAUGAGAGCAAGGGGGAGCAAGGGACAGCAACGACCACAAGUGUUCACCUCUCCUCCAACACCCCAUCUUCAUCCUCUCCUGCCUCCUCCACCUCUGCCUCCUCCACCUCUGCCUCUUCCUCUCCUGCCUCCUCCUCUUCCACUCCCCCGUCCUCGUCUGCACCAGACCAACCCUCCACCCCGCCACCCCCGAAACCCUUCUCCUCGCUCUCCUCACUGUUCGCCAAGGCAGCAGCAGCAGUCGGCCUCAGCGUGAUGCUCCUCAUGCCCCUGGCUCUCGGCUCGCACACUAACGAGUCACCUCUUAGCGAGUCUCUGCUGUCAGUAGAUGUAACCAGGCCUCUGACCCGCCGAUCUGUGCAACCGGUGUCUCUGCAGCUGCCCAAACAGUCGCCAUCAAUGCAGUUAUCAAACCCGGCGGGGCUGCGACAGCCAGUGCAGCCAGUGCAGUCAAUGCAAGGAGCAUCGGUGCAGGCAGCGUCUGUGCAGGCAGUAUCGCUGCAGCUGUCCAACCCACUGAUGCUGCAGCCAGUGCAGGCGGCCGGAGAGGCGUUUGAGGGGCCGUCCGCACUGAUCCCAGCACCAGUGCUACAGGACGCGGAGACAGCUGUCUGGAAUCUGAUUGGUCGACAGGCGGCCGUGUCUCGGGAACUGAGGGGCUUGGCUUCGGUGGUUGCUCCGGACGCUGCGCCUGAGGAUAGGAUCAAAGCUGCAUUUCUAUUCUGCCGCCAGCUGGCGUCAACAUCCACGACAGCAACUGCAGUAUCGAGUGUUGGUAGCGGUGGUGUGCAGGAUGCUACUUCUAUGAGCCGCAAUUUUUGUGCAUCAAUGGGGUUGUAGGUUGGCUUUUCUGUAUGGGGCUGGAUAUGUUGGCAUGAAGUGGUACCGUACAUUGUUCCCGUAUUUGGCAUUCGCCUAAGGGCCUUGAACGUGUAGUUAUGAUAUUGCUUGUAGUUCUACUAUAUAGGGCUUGAUUCUGUACAUGCAUAAGGCAA